GAAACUAAACUGCCACACUGCAAAAUCUCGUGUUCAAUUCGCUGGGCUCUGUGUUUGAUAAACAGGGCGUUAGGUUUGACUUCAUGCCGGUUUGCAGUGUCGUCUUGUUUUCCCAAUGGGUUUUGCAGGGGUUCCUUAAUCCUGUAUGUAAAUUACAGCCAAUAGAUGCUGUCGUUGCGUUGGGUUGGGAUUAGCAGAGGGGCGAAUGAGUUUCAAUUUUACUGGAUUACAGAACAAAGAAGGGGAGGGGGCUCGCUCCUCUGCAAAAGAAAACAUAAAGAAAGCGAGAAAAGAAAAUAAUCCAGGAAAUCCAUGCUGAAAAUGCAGUAAACAAAGUUAAAUAAUAAUAAAAAUGCAUCGGAUUAAGGUUUUGGUUUGGAGUCGUCAGAUCAGCAGCGAAAGAAAACACUAUCUGUUCCAAUUGGAUUAAGCGAGGAGACGCAUUUUUAUUCCGGGAUUGAGAACGUAAAGAAAUUAAAGCGGUCGUUUGUGUGGUGGCAGCUGUGAUUCAGCGGUAUGACAGUCUGAGAGGCUGGUUGAUAGGGGACAACGGACAUCCACUGAAGUGACCGCUGCCGAACAGAGGUAAGAAUGGCGCAACCCAGGAAGCAAUGUGAAGGAAUCCGGACCAUUCCCAGAGCUGAGCCGCGUGUCCCCAAUUUUACUGGAAAACAGGAGAUCUUCUCCAGCCUAGUGUCUGCCUUAGACUCAGUGUGCACUGCGCUCUCCAAGCUCAAUGCAGAGGUGGCCUGUGUGACAGUGCAUGAGGAGAGUGUGUAUACGGUUGGGACUGAAAAAGGCAGAGUCUUCCUCAACUCCAGAAAGGACAUACAGACAGACUUUCAGAAAUUCUGCAGGCCCCCCUGUCUGCCUGUCUCACCUUUGCCAGUUAAACCCCCGGACAAUGAGGUGCCAAAGCCUGCCAAGGAGUGCAGUCGUGGGGCACCACGCGCCCCCGCUGAACCCCAAACAGACAUCUUCGCUCUGAGGAAAAUGGUGGAGGAAGUUUUCAGCGUGCUUUACAGUGAGGCUGUGGGGAAGAGCAGCCUGGUGCCUGUGCCUUACGAGCGGGUGCUGAAGGAGCCUGGCUCGCUGGGGGUCCUCGGCCUGCCGGAGGGGGUAUCGUUGAGGAAGCCCUCCGAGUACGACGCCAAAACCUUAAUGAAGAUCCUGGAGCAAAGCAACCGCCUCCGCUUCGUCGUCAAGAGGUCUCAUGAGGAGCCGCCCCCUCGCGAUUCGAAGCCAUCCUCGGAUCUGAACCGCACCUCGCCUGGCAACAAGUGCCUGCACAACCACACUGCCAAACCAUCCAAUCAGGAGAUGCCCUCCAGCAGCGCCAUGCUCUCCAGCUUCCUGUAUGGGAUCCCACUUCCUGCCGAGGCCAAGCAAGAGCUGCCGCCCCCCACCUCCCUCCCUGGAUCUCUGGGGAAGGAGCUCCAGAGCAGCUGGGCCCAGGCAGGGGAGAGCACCAGGUCUGCCAACGACUGCACCGACAACGGUGACAGAUUGGGGAUCCCAGGGGAGUUUGGCCAGACCUCCCAGGGAGUGCACAUCUCCAAGCGACUCCUGUUCUCCAUGGUGCACGAGAAAACAGAUAAAUUGGACCCGUUUAUCAUGGAAACGGAGGAUAUUAACACUCUACGGGAAUGUGUGCAGAUACUAUUCAACAGCAGAUACGCAGAGGCUCUUGGGUUGGAUCACAUGGUCCCCGUGCCGUACAGGAAGAUAGCGUGCGACCCUGAGGCAGUGGAGAUCAUCGGCAUCCCUGACAAAAUCCCCUUCAAGCGGCCCUGCACCUACGGGGUCCCCAAACUCAAACGCAUCCUGGAGGAGAGGCACGCAAUCCGCUUCGUUGUGAAACGAAUGUUCGAUGAACGGAUUUUUACAGUUUAUAAAGCAGGGGGCAAGGCUUCGAAGGAGGCAGGGCUGCAGGAUGCUAGCUCUCCCUCGGAAGACAUCUCUGCAGAGACUGCGCUUGACCUGGCUGUGAACACACACAAUAGCAGAUGUACCAGUUCCUGUGUCAGUCCUACACAAGACUGUGAAGCAGAGGCGUGGAGAGAAGCAGGCCCUGUAAAGAAGAUUAAAUCGGAGCCUGUGGAUGAAGACAUCAUUCAGGUCACAGUCCCUGACGUGUCCGUCUCUUCUGAAGAAGUGAGCGAGUCUGGGCCUGACCCCAUUACUCUGGAGACCAGCCAUGUUUCAGAGCAGAACACAGUUUCAGAUGAAGGAACAGGAGGUGAUUGCACACCCCCAGUUACACAGAGGACUACUGAAGAGGACCUGGGAGAGAUGAUUCUGCACCUAAGGAAGCAGGUGGAAAGCCUUUUUAAUGCCAAGUAUGCGGAGGCCCUGGGUCUCCCUGAGCCCACCCGGGUUCCCUACUCCAAGUUCCAGACGUACCCCGAGGACCUGUCUGUGACGGGCCUCCCCGAUGGCAUGGCAUUCCGCCGGCCCAACUGCUUCGGCAUCUCCAAGCUGCGCAAGAUCCUGUCCGCCAGCGACCACGUGCGAUUCCACAUCAAGCGACCAGAGCUGCUAACUGAAGGCUUGAAGCUUAAUGCUCAUCAACCCCCCAGCAACCCAGGUGUGGAACUGCACUCCAAGGACUCUGGAAUAGAUGAAUUACAAGCUGCAGCAAAGAGACCUGGGUACUCAGACAGUUUGGAAGCGAAGCUCUCCAGGAUCGACUUGGCCAACACUCUGAGAGAGCAGGUGCAGGAUCUCUUCAACAGGAAGUACGGUGAGGCUCUGGGUAUUAAGUACCCGGUUCAGGUCCCCUACAAGCGGAUAAAGAGUAACCCGGGCUCAGUGAUCAUCGAGGGCCUGCCCCCUGGGAUCCCCUUCAGGAAACCCUGUACCUUCGGCUCCCAGAACCUGGAGAGAAUCCUGUCUGUCGCUGACAAGAUCCACUUCACCAUCACCAGGCCUUUCCAAGGACUUAUCCCAAAACCUGCUCCGAGGAGAAUCACCUUGUUAAAAAAGGCCUACGCUUCCAUAAGUGAAGAUGAAGAGGUGAACCGGAUGGGAGAGAAGGUGAUUCUGCGUGAGCAGGUGAAGGAGCUCUUCAAUGAAAGAUAUGGUGAGGCUCUAGGACUGGACCGGCCAGUCUUGGUUCCCUACAAGCUGAUCCGGGGCAGUCCUGACUCCAUUGAGGUUUCAGGACUGCCAGAGGAGAUCCCCUUCCGGAACCCCAACACCUAUGACAUCACCCGUCUGGAGAAGAUCCUGCAACACAAGGAGCAGGUCAAGAUGCUCAUCAAGAGCCAGCUACAGCCUUUUGCAGAAAUUUGCACACAAGCACCCAAAACAGCGAAAGAAGGCUCUGCCCACAAGCAUAAACGGAAGAGGCUUCCAGAUGGAGGCAAUGUGCCCGCCUCCUCGGGGGUGGAGUCAAGCACAGCAGCCAAUCAGAUUCCUGUGAUGCAGUGGCCCAUGUAUAUGUUGGACUACAGUGGAGUGAAUGCCCAGGUGCCUGGGCAAGUGAAAUACUAGAAGCCCAACACAGGGCAGCAUAUUAACACAAGGACAAUUGAGAAGUAUUUAUGAAUAGCAAUAUAUAACCUGUUGCUGAUGGAUGUCUGUGCCACUGAACAAACUCAACUGGAAGAAAAGUACCAUGGAUCUGGGGACUUACUGCAACAUGUUAACCAGUCAGAACAAAGCUACAGCUGCAUGCUUCACCAGGCUGGGAGACAGUGAGGGCCGGACAGGAAAGCAAUAGCUUUCAUUGUCACAUGAAACCUCCUCCUUACUUUACAUCCUUAUGGUCAGAACACUUAGGUUCUUGGGUAAAGUAGACAUGCCUUCUUCAGUGUUAUGAGUUUUUAGUUAACCAUUCAAACAUUGUAGGAAUAUCGAAUGAUAUCUGUAUAUGAAAGAAUGGUUCAAGUCAAGGAAUUCCAGGAAGAAGUAGACCAGAGACUGUGUGAUGCACAUUGCAGCUCCAGACUGAUGUAAAGUGAAUAAGAAGCAGGUGCUUUCUCAUUUUUUUAAAAGUUAAUAAUGUUCAUUUCUUAAUAAGCAGUUAUAAUUAUGUUAAGAAUCAUUUUCUUAAGUAAAUAAUUGUAAAGUGAAAUUUGCUACACACAGACUACAGUGUGCGUAUCGGGACCCUGUGGCUGUAUAUGCUAAUAUUAAACAGCUUCACCUUUUAGUGGUGGUACAUUAGGUGUGAAUACCACCUAGUAUUACCCGUACACCUACUGGAGAUGUGAAAAGGUGAGAAAUACAAAUGUUUUUAUUUCUGAUGUAUAAAAACACCACCACGUAUACGGCUAAACUCACAACACUGAUGAAAGCAUUAGCUGACAUUUUGGUCUACUUGAGUUACAUAUACUAGUUUUACCUCGGAUUGAUUUCAAGGCCAGUAGUCUGUGAGUUAACUAAUACCAAAGCUCAGGCACUGAUGUGCGGACAUGGCAAAGUCAUUACACAGCCACUCAAACACAUACUGUUACUCAUUGACUGUGGAGGGCAGCUGCUGGAUCGAAGCACAUUGUCUCUGAACUGGUCAAGUCUGUAAUAGCUGGAGAAAUUGUAGUUGGGUAAUAGCUACACUCUGAUUUAAAUAACUAUGAAUUAAUACAAUAAUGAAUGUACUCAUGUACACACGCGGUCUUCACUCCCAAUUUAAAGACAUUACAUCUCACUGUAGCCCUCCUGGUGAUAUUGUCAGCAAUCUUAUUUACAUCUAGAUCUCUGGUAAGGUCUUGAUGAAUAUUAGAGUAAGUAGCGGAGUUCUGAUAAAUAUAGCGUUCCACGUCCCCAUGUGUUGCUACAACUGUUUAAAUAAUGUGCCUGUCAUUUUUCUUUUCAUUGUUAACAUCCUGAACACUUUUUUUACACUUUAGAACUUUAAAGUCUGUUUCAAAGCUCUUUUCAAAAUGUCUGCUCUAGUGCACUGGGUUUUGAGAUGAGUGAUUUUAAAAAUAAACAUAACAAGUGCUCUGGCUUUUCUGUUCCGUACCACAUCAUGGAUCGUUAUUGCUGUGUUACCUGUUUGACAAUGUGGGCAAUAAUCCUGAUACUAUCAGUGCACUAGAGCAGACAUUUUGAAAAGACCUUUGAAACAGACACUUUUUACACUUAUAACGGUAACAUAAAUGUACAAGUACAUUAUUUAAACCUUAGCAACACGUGGGGACAUGUAGUGCUAUAUUUUUCGGUACCCCAGUACUUACUCUUUAAGGACAGCAAGAUUAUUCAGUCUGUAACUCAGAUGGAUUUACCAGUGAGCAGGAGGAUGAUGGGAAAUGUAGUUCUGAGAAGUCCAUGUGGGUACAUGUGAAGCCAUCUUGAGGCAGGGAAUGCAAUUUAAAAGUUUAAAAAUGGUCAAAAUGUUAAAAAAAAAAAAAAAAAACACACACCUCACGUAAACAGUUGUAGCAACACAUGGGAACAUGUAACACCGUAAAAUAAAAAGGUCCUUAUGUACCCUUUAAAUUCUUCUAGGCUGGAGAAUAAGCGUUCUGCAGCGCAGGGUGAAACAGGCGCAGUCAGAAGGAUUCUUCAGUUUUUAGAAAUACGAUGACGUCAUGAACACUGGAUAUUUUUCUGCUGAGUUGUAUCCAAAACAUGUCUUGAUCGAAGUUUUAAUCUGUGCACAUCAAAGUAAUUUGUAUAAAACUCCAUUACUUACUCAACUUUACCAUUUUACUUUAACAGCUAUAAUAGUUGUGAUUGUGAAGCAUCCACACUACAGUUUGACAAAACUGUACUAGUAUGGACUGAGUAUGACUCACUAUCGUUUUAUAGUUAUAGUUAUAAAAUGCCAAAAACACGUCAGUUAUGUUGAUGACAGUUGAUGCUUGCUGUUUUUAAAAAGCUGCUAUAAGGAUCCCUAAGCUGACUACUACAGUACUAGCAAUGGUAGCAUCAUAUUGGAUUAGGCUUGAUACAGUAGCACUGUGCCUGGUACAGAUAUCAUGGCACAGAUGCCAUGGUACUGCAGUGGAUUAACAGGGUGUAUUAAUUCAUAUCGCUAAAAUCCUACUGAUAUUUGAACAUGUGAAUGACUGGGGGCCCAUUCUAGAAACAGCAACCUCAUACCAAUGGUGCUACCUCUGGCUUUUAGUAAAGAAGUGGUGUAUAGCCAUUGAAGAUCACUUGGUAAGUUAAUUUUGAAAAAAUAUGUAUCUAAUUCAGUUUUAAUAAAUGAUCAGAAUUUGGAGAGAAGCCAGUGCUCCUUAAAGAUAUAUGAAUAGUGAAACUCAAGAAGACUGCAGAUUCUAAUGCUUUUAAUUGAGGGCCCGUGAACCACACUCAGAGAGAGAGAACCUCAGUCCUGAUCUGAACACCCCCUGCCUUCCUCCCAUUCAGUCCAGGGCCUCUCUCAAGCAGAGGCUUGACCAUUGCACCUAACUGAGUCACAGUUUUCUAACGAACAAACCAAAUGCAUUUCAUUUUGUGACCUGAGCGUUCUGCAUGUACAGCAUUCCUCAAUGUUCAUCAGCACAGCACCGGUAAGUCCUGGAAGAUUCCUCAGCGUGAUUGGUUGUGUUGCACAUAAACUGUAAUCAACAGAUUAUAUUGUGAUAGUGAAAUAACUAGAAUCGGUUAUGAAUGUAAUUUAUGUAUAAAAGAAGAGAGACCUGUAUAUUCUAACCUGUAACAUUGCCUUUCACAGUUACUGGUAUCUAGAAUUUCUACGCUGUAUUCUUGCCAUCAUGGCCUUGGAAAUAAAAUGUGUUGCCUUGCAUUUUUA